UGGUUUUCCUUUUAGUUUUACACUUACUGUUUCGGCCCAUAUCUUCUCUCUCAAGAAUUGUAUCCCCACAGACAUCUUUUGAUUUGAGAACAACUACCAUGCUCCUGGUUGGUGCCGUCCGCUAGUACAAGAACGCUGGUUGUUAAUUUUAUUACUUCAAGAAAGAGGAACAAGGUCAAGGAGGUGAUAUUGAUUGAGAUCAUAAGAGGACUUGAGAAUUACAGAGACUCGUCGAAGUCGAGCCACCGAAUUCUUGAACUUGCGUUUCUUGAUCAGAUAAUUUCCAAAAUGAAAAGUUCUACUUCGCUGCAGUUUUAUUUCGCAAUUUGUUGCUUCCUUGUGACGACCACGGCUGCGAUUCAACUCAAGGCAGGCGUUGGAAAUGUCGGAGAGCGUCUAAUAAAUGCAGAACAGGAAGAAACACGUGUGACCACGGCGGCGGGCCGAAAUCCUGGCGAAAAGGGGAGGUCGUCGUCAGAACUAGGGAGAAGUCCUUUACUACAACACGGAAAUGAAGGCAGUCCCAGUCGAAACGCCGGAGAUGAUCCUCAAACGGUCCACCCCGAGGAACAACCUCCACAGACGUCGGCUUGUGAGUCCGUUUUUGCGCAGCCUGGGCUUAUGAGGAUUGCGCAAGAUCAUUUGUGGGGUGCACGGCCUGGUCA